AUGUCGUCAUCAACGACAGCCACCAAAGUCACUGCCACUCGGGCCGGCAGUGACGCCGGCGCAAUCCGACAGUCGACACUUUAUAAGGGCAUCGUGACACCCGUCAUCUUCGUCUCGUUCCUGCUGUCCCUGGUGUGGGUCGACAUCAGAUACACCAUCAAGAGAUCGAGAAACUACAGCCAAGAAGGCUGGAUGCCUUCGUGGCUGCACAACGUCGUGUACCGGAGCUCUCCGUAUCAUUCCUUGCAGGACAGAGACCAGAAGAGCCCAAGACCUGCAGGCGAGAAGGAGGAGUGGUACUACCACAGCAAGCAGAAGAAACUAAUGCGCAUGGAGGUCGAUGAUGCUUUUCAGAUGCGUGGGCAUGUCCUUGUCGUGCUGGCCCUCGUAUCGCUGGCCGUCUUCUGGGGCGUUUGGCUGUUUUCCAGCUGGCUGUGGAGGAGCGUUGUUAGAAGGACCUUCAAUAUCUGA